AUGGCCGAAUUGCCGACUUCGCCGAACGCAGCCGGCGUCGGCGGCGGCGCAGGCGGCGAUUAUCUACACCGCUCCAUCGAUCAAUUGCGUUCCAUGAACGAGCGUGGCGUGCUCUCCUCCCUCAGCCAUUUAACGACGGCUCAGCUGGUACACGACUAUAAGCCGUUCAACAUCAAUAUCAAUGAGUUCCGUCAGAACGUUGAACGUCUGGAUUACUCCCUCAAGAAUGGCUUGGUAGGAUUGCAUCAACAGCAGCAACAACAACAGCAGCAGCAGCAGAUUGUUGUGGACCAACAUCAGCAGCAGCAGCAACAACAACACCAACAUGAACACGAACAACAACAGCAGCAGCAGCAGCAAUUGCAUCAGAUGAAGACGAGUUACAGUGCUCCCAAUUCACCGCAAACCCCAACGCAUCUAAGCGAGCAGCCCGAACAAAAGUACGAUCCAAAUGCUGCCGCGGAGCAUGCGCAUAAACCGCCGCGUCAUCAUCAGAGCAGUGCGUCGCCGGAGCAGCGGGAUCAGGCGAAACCGUAUAAAUGUAAUUCCUGUACGAAAUCCUUUGCCAACUCGUCGUACCUUUCGCAGCAUACGCGCAUCCAUCUGGGCAUCAAGCCCUAUCGCUGUGAGAUCUGUCAGCGAAAGUUUACGCAAUUGUCGCAUCUACAGCAGCACAUCAGGACGCAUACGGGCGAUAAACCCUAUAAGUGCCGCCAUGCCGGCUGUCCGAAGGCCUUUUCGCAACUCUCCAAUCUGCAAUCACAUUCGCGUUGCCAUCAAACGGAUAAGCCCUUUAAGUGCAACUCCUGCUAUAAGUGUUUCGGCGAUGAGUUGACCCUGCUCGAGCAUAUACCCAAGCACAAGGACUCCAAACAUCUGAAGACGCACAUUUGCAAUUUGUGUGGCAAAUCCUACACGCAGGAGACGUAUCUGCAAAAGCAUCUGCAGAAGCACGCCGAGAAGGUGGAAAAGCAGCAACAGCGGCAAACAGCGAGCGGUGCAGCAAGCGCGCUAAACGUGCAGCAUCAUGUGCCGCCCGGAGGCAUUGGUCUGAAUCUGCAGCGACAGGUGAUGAAUGCUGCGGCUGUGGCCGGCGAUGCUAAUGCCGCCUAUUGGGCCAAAAUGGGGGCCGAUAGUGCGGCGGCCACGCUUGCGGAGGCCAUACAACAACAGCAAGCCGCGGCAAUACAGCAGCUGCCCCAAAGCGGCUACAACUUUAGCGCCUUGCAACAGCAUCAGCAGCAACAGCAGCAGCAGCAGGAGUUGUUGCAACAGCAUCAUCAGCGCCUAGCCAAUGGCGGUGAUACGCCAAAUCAUUCGCAGAGUCCGCAUGAUGAGGGGGAGGAUCUGGUCAUGCGUCAGUCCACGCCGCAACAUCAACUGCAGCAGCAACAACAACAGCAGCAGCAACAACAACAACAGCAACAGGCAGCACAUUCCCCCGGUCUGCCGUACGACGUGAAGACCACAUCCGCCUUUACGCCGCUCGUCGCCACGCCCACGCAUCUGCAACAACGCCCACCAGCCGCCUCGGCCGCGUAUCUCUAUCAGCAGAACGCUGCUGCCGCAUUUCCCACGCAGCUCAUCUCACUACACCAGAUACGCAACUAUGCGCAUCAGCCGGGAGCAGCAGCUGCUGGCCUCAUCGCCGGCGAUCAUCUUCUGGGGUUAAGUGUCACCGCCGGCGGCGGCGCUGGCAAGGAGAAGGCGCAAUAGUACAGGAGGCAUGGCCGCGAACAAAGGCAUCUACAAGCAGAAACUCAAAAGCAGCAGCAACGAUGACAACAAAGGGGUAAUACGUAAGCCUAAAAAAGCUCUGCUGGCGCUAACUUCUGCUCAAUGAUCCAGUCACUCAGCAGACCAGGAUUCCUGGUCACUUAACUCCUCUCCAAUCUAAGCAAUGAGUUACAUUCGUAGUGCUUUCCAAUUUCACAAUCCAGACCUGCAAUCAUUGUUCAAAAGUUAGCGACUUCGUGGCUUUAUAAGUUAGAGUUAGUUAGGGCCGCUCAGUGUGGUUGGUAUUCGAUUGUUGCUGAAGGGCUUCUAGAUGUUUGGUUUCAUAAUCUCAUGAGUUGGCACUCAGGUGGUUCCUUGGCCUAAGGUUUGAAAUUGAAAAUUGUAUACGAUCAGAAAAUAUUGUGGCUACCUUAACGCUUUUAGUUUAUAAUUAGGAAUCCACCAAGGAAUCACAUUUUUGCUACUCCCCUGCCUGUAGUUCAAUCUAUUCUGCAACACUCUUCCGUUCAUUUUUCUAGUUUCUGUAAUUCCCAUCACUGCCUUUGAGAAUGUGUACAAAUUUGAAACCUCAUGCUCUAAAUCGCCUCCUCUCUAUAUGCAUAUAUCUUUGCCAUCCGCAUUGCGCCUAUUUUUACAUUUUAUAGACAAACUCAGGUUUUUAAAUAAGCUACAAACAUUAAGCAUUAAUUAUAUAAUUCUAAGGACCUCGAAACAAUUUGUAAUUACAAUCGGCCGACAAAAUUCUAAAGUACUUGAAUACUAGAUUUCUGUGAAAUGUUUUGAGUACUUCAAAAUUUUGUUUAAAACCAAUCUUUUUAUAUGCGAAUCCCCUACUAUUUAUCAUAGGUGCCGUACAAAGUACUGCGAUAGUAAACUUAUUUGUACAUACCUAUUUGCAUACUACUAUAUAGAGUAUGAACAAUACACAAAAAUAAAGUAUCAACUUGGUUUUUACAAAUAUGGAUAUUUAUUUUAAUCUGAAACACACACACAUACCUAGUUCAACAUAUAGUUACCCCAUUUA